AGGUUCAUGUAAUAUGUAUCAUUAUAAAGGAGACAUCUGAACAAUCUUUACCAAAUGUUGAUUUUAUUUGAUUUAAAUGUGGAAGUUUCUGAAAUGAAAUUUGAACGUGAAAUCACCACUAUGUGAAACUUGGACAUAAUAACGUGAUUUUGUCCAUGUGUGAAACUAAACCCUCAGUGGUCUGGUAACUAUAUAACACCUGAAUGUGUGACUUGACCUGAUUUGGCCCCUGAAUGACAUGUAUGACCCAGAGUAUCAACAACAUAUAUCUUUUUUUAAUAAAUCGUGUGAUCUACACGAGGAUUUUAAACCUUUACGGCAUAGGUCACAGCAGUCAAUGUAAACACGUGAAAGAAACUUCUUCUUAAUCCACCCAGUGCACCAAUGUUUGCAUCAUGCUUGCCUCUUAGGAAAAUAAGUUGCUGGACCGAAAGUCCAGCCAUCUUGAAAAGUAGCUGGACUAAAUGUCUCCUGGGUGGGAAAACUUCUCAGCCCGUUCUGAAAGUUGUCGGCCCCGGGCAGACGGUCCAGCCUUAAUUUUCUAACACUGUUUGCAUGCAUUACCGCCUCCUGCGAUACAUACGGGUAUUUGACAUGGAUGCACCAUGAGUAAACGCGGACGGGGAUUCCCCACGUGAUUUUGUUGAUGCCAGUUUCACCUUCACAAGUACAGGAACUAUAUAGAAGCUGUUGUGAGCAGUUUGCCUGCAGAAAUUUGCAUAUUCAGUUCAAGUCAGUAGUUCUGCUUGUUCUGAUAUUGUCUGGUGCUUUGACACAAGGAGGUCAUUCAGUCAAAUCAGUCAAAGUAAUGGCUGAACAGGAAAAACACACCGAAGAAGGAAAAGAAAGCGAAACUGCAGAUCUUACAGACACUAGUACAGAGGAAGAGGAGUAUAAAUUUCCAAAGAAACUUGAAGAUUUUGAGUACACUUUUAAUGAUGAGGGUUAUCUAGAGCACAUAGAAACUAAGGAAUCAUUUAUAUUUAAAGUAAGGGAUGAUCAUUUUUUCAACCAGAGGAGGUAUGAAGCACUGGGAGAGGUUAUCACAGAAUAUGUUUAUAACCUCUUAGAAAAAGCUGGGCUGGAAAAGGUGUAUGUACCAGUUGAUGCUAAAGAGGAGGAUGAGCCAAGAAGUUUCUUUUUCAUGAGUAAGGAUGCAUUAACCAAUCCUGAUAAACUGCUCAUUCUUAUUCAUGGAAGUGGGGUAGUAAGAGCUGGACAAUGGGCAAGAAGGUUGAUCAUCAAUGACUGCUUGAACAGUGGGACUCAGCUUCCGUUUAUUAAGAAGGCAAUGCAAGAUGGACAUGGCAUUAUUGUGCUCAACACCAACGAGAAUACUGCAGUGUGGAAAGAUGGAAUUGAAACUAUGAUAAGGGGUAAUGAUUCUCCAGAAAUGCAUGCGUUAUAUGUGUGGGACCAUUUUGUAAGCAAAGCUGCUGCAAAACAUAUUGCCAUCAUUGCUCAUAGUUAUGGUGGGAUUGUAACUGUAUGCCUGACCAAAGAAAAAGAAGAGGAAGUGUUGCAGCGAGUUUAUGCCAUUGCCUUUACAGACUCUGUUCAUAGUCUUAAACACCAAGAAGCUUCUGAGAAAGUUGAAGAAUUCUAUAUGCAG